AUGCCACAAGUCAAUCCCGAAGUCUUCCACGCCAAAGUAUACGACAUCACUCGCCUCAUCCCGCACGGCCGCGUGACAUCCUACGGCCACAUCGCAAGGCUGACGGGACACCCCUCGCACUCUCGCCUUGUUGGAGCCGCGCUCAAAUUCCUCCAAGAUCCCACCGUUCCUUGGCACCGCGUCAUCUCAUCUUCCGGGGCCAUCGCUGACAGAGGCGACGGCGGUCACGCUGCUACACGCCAAGCACAGCUGCUUCAGCAAGAAGGUGUCACCGUCAUUCAUGGUAGAGGCGAAGGCGUCACGAUCGACUUUGGUCAUGCCAACCCGAAUGCUAAAUUCAGGGUUAGCAUGGGCGCUUUUGGGUGGUUCCCGGAUCAAGUGCACUUGGAAGGGUACGACGAUGAAGAGACGGAUGGGCAGGAUGCGGAUCAGCAGAGGCUCGAAAGCAUUCGAGACCAACGCAGAGGACAGCCCGAAGACGACGAGUCGGACUUGAGCGAACUCACCGACGAAGAGUAG